UGUUUUCUAUGUUCUAUUGUGAAUAACAUGUGGGUUUAUGAGAUUUGCAAAUCAUUGCAUGCUGUUUUUAUUUACAUUUAUUUACAUUUCACAAAUUGUCCUAACUUUUUUGGAAUUGGGGUUGUAGCUCCCUCGAUGCGACUUUCCUUAACGUACGUGCAACGUCUUGUCUUGAUAGAACGCUAUGUAAUUUAAACCCUGAUUUGCAUUCACAUUCAUUAAUUCACAUGCAACCAUGCAUGUGUGAAUCGGGAUUAUGUGGUAUCUGUUGAGCACUUUGUCUGGGCCGUUCUAUGGUUCUUCUGUUUUGGAUGGCAUGUCAGAUAUCAUUGAGUGGGCGUGGUUAAGGGGUAGAGGACUAUCACUCCAAGUUCCAGUUGACCAGAUUACUUGUAAGGUUUUUCAAAGACCAGACAGUAAAGAUAUAUCUACCAAACCAUGCCGCACUGAGUAAGGAAUCAAACGAAUCAAAUCUUGCACAGUUCGAUUCAGCUGAACGGUUAGUGCGAACGACUCGAAUCGGUGGCCGCUGACACAGAGCUCGCGCUGCUUCUCUCCAGUGGCGGAUCUUAACGAGUGCGCGCGCGCGCGUCAGUAACGGACGCGCGCGAGACAGCAGAGAAGCGGGCGAAUCGAAGAGCGGUGGUGUGUAUCCCCCCCCCCCUUCCAGUCGCCGCACGCACAUCCAACUCACUUCGAGCAACGGCAGCGGUCGUCGGUCAGCACGUAUCCCUCUGAAACAAUGAUUGCGAAGCUGCUCUUCGUGUUCAGCUUGCUCGUCAGCGGCAGUGAAGGUGUUCUCCAGGUCUCCAUCUCUCUGAAGAAGGUAGAACUGAGCGUCGGGGAGUCAAAGUUUUUCACAUGCACAGUGAUUGGAGAAUCUAUCAGCCUGGAGUGGUAUAAUCCUCAAGGUGAGCGUAUGGUGCCCUCCCCGCGUGUUGCUCUGCACAAUGAGGGAGUGCGCUCCAGACUCACCCUCUACAACGCCAACAUAGAGGACGCAGGCAUCUACCGCUGCCAAGCCACUGACUCACAGGGAGAAACACGAGAGGCCACAGUGGUGUUGGAGAUUUACCAAAAACUAACAUUCAGGGAGGUACCGUCACCUCAGGAGUUCCGGCAGGGCGAUGUAGCGGAGGUGGUGUGUGAUGUCACCAGCUCCCCUGUGCCUGUGGUCGCAUGGUAUUACAACAAUAUGGAGAUCACUGAAGACACUGACAAGUUUCAGCUCCUACCAAACAACAACCUACAAGUUCAGAGAGUGACUAAAGCAGAUGAGGGUGUGUUCCGCUGUGAAGCCAGAGUGGAGGCCAGGGGUGAGAUUGACUUCAGAGAUAUCAUCCUGGUUGUCAAUGUUCCACCAGUCUUGUCUGUACCACAGCAAUCCUUCAAUGCAACAGCUGACUACGGUGAAUCUGUGACAUUCACAUGCAGGGCUUAUGGCUCUCCUGAACCUAAUGUUACCUGGCACAGGAAGGGAGUUGAACUCCAGGAGUCAGAGCAGUAUGCAAUGCGAGGCCGCGGCACAACACUCACUAUUCGCAACAUUAAGCAGGACGAUGGUGGCUCCUACACCUGCAAGGCCUCCAACAAGGCUGGCGAUGUGCAACGGGAGAUUUUUCUCAAAGUAUUUGUUCAGCCACACAUAACUAAGCUGAGGAAUGUGACAGCUGUGGAGGGCAGUGCUGCUAUGAUCUCCUGUAAAGCUGAAGGUGAACCCCUGCCCGAGAUCUCCUGGAGGAGAGCCAGUGAUGGACAGAGCUUCUCUUAUGGACAAAAGAGUCCAGACGAGCGUGUGGAGGUGCGUGGGCGUCAUGGUGAGUCCAUGCUGACCAUUGUGGGAGUGGGCCUGUCUGACUGGGGCCGUUUUGACUGUGAAGCUCUCAGCCGAAUUGGAGGACAUCAGAAGAGCAUGUAUUUGGAUAUCGAGUAUGCGCCAAAGUUCCAAACCAAUCACACCAUCUUUUUCUCAUGGGAGGGAAAUCCAGUAAACAUCAGCUGUGAGGUGAUGUCCAACCCUGUGGCCACUAUGCUGUGGCGGCGAGACAAGCUGACCAUCCCUACUGAAGGCACGGCCAACAUGCGAGUACACAGCGCUCCUGGCAAAUCCCUACUGGAGGUCACUCCCAUGUCAGACCGUGAUUUUGGCCGAUACAACUGCACAGCCAGAAACAACAUUGGCAUGCGGUUCCAGGAGUUUAUCUUGGCUCAGGCAGACGUUCCAUCUAACCCAUACUCAGUGCAUCUUAGCUCUGUGGCCCAGCGUACAGCUACAGUGACGUUUAUGAAGCCAGACUCUCAUGGUGGAGUUCCUAUUGGCCAUUACCUGGUCAGAUACAAAGACAUAAGUUCAAAUGACUGGAGAGAUGUCAAGUCACAUGGAACACAAACAAUAGUGCUGCUGACUAACCUUGAGCCCAACACUACUUAUGAGGUCCGAGUGGCAGCUGUGAACGGUAAAGGCCAAGGAGAGUUUAGUCGCACAGAGAGCUUUCAGACAUUGCCCAUCCGAGAACCAAGUCCCCCAUCAGUGCAGGGUCAGAGAGGCAUGGGAAAGGCCUACAGACUGGGCCUGGUUAAACAGGACGAUGGUGGCAUGCCCAUCCUGGAGUAUAUUGUCAAAUACAAAACAGAUAAAGAGGACCAGUGGAUGACCAAAGUGGUUCCUGGUUUGAGUGACUUUGUGCUGCUGCAGCCUCUCCAAUGGAACAUGCGGUAUGAAGUGGAGAUCACUGCCCGCAAUGUCAAAGGCCUGUCUGAGCCCACCUUUGUGAAGUUCUCAAUGCCACAGAAACCGGAUAUUACAGCAGACUCCCUGUUCAGCAGUCUCGGUUUGGGUGCAGUAGUGGGAUUGGGCAUGGCAGGACUGCUACUGUUGCUCGUGCUGGUGGACAUCAGCUGUUUCUUCCUGCGCCAGUGUGGACUGCUCAUGUGCAUCACCCGUAAGCUGUGCAGCAAGAAGACUGCCACCAGUGGCAAGAGCAAAGAGAUGGAGGAAGGCAAGGCUGCCUAUCUGAAGCUGCCACUAAAAGAGGAGAAUGGCAAAGAUUCCCUUAAACCGGAUACGAUCGAGAUUAAAGUUCAUGGUGACAACAGCCUACACACGACGCCGGAUGACAGCAAAGCGUAAUGGAGCAGCUGCUGAGCACUUCAGGGAUAGGCACAAGCUACCCAGACACCAAAACAGCAAAAACCCAGCAAGCUAAUGAGAAAACAAACAAGAACAUGGCUGAACAAGUCCCUUGCUAGAGACUGAUUGUCAGAGGGAUCCACAAAGAAACUGUGUACAUAUGAAAAAAGGAAACACUACACAGCAGUUGUUUUGUGAUACAUCUUUCAGAGGAGGCCUCUCUACAGAAAGGCUUUUGUUUAUCUGUGAUUGUUGUUCUUUCUUUUAAAGGCUGAAGCUUUGCGUGUGAUUCUCUGUUACCGGAAGCGGUUUGAUAUGUGUUCUUUUCCCUACUCUUUCUCUCACCCCAAGCUCGAAACCACAAGCACUU